AUGUCUUCUGGCGGAGCAGCCCUUCAGCCAACAUUCCGAGGUCAUGUAGCCACUACACAAGACGCUCUUAUCCUUUUUGAAGCCUGUCUGCAGGGCCAUCUGUCACAUGUGCCCCGGCGACCGCACGAUCGAGAACGGAGCACCUUGAUCAGGAGCGGCUGCAUAUUCAUCUACGAAGAAAAUGCGUCGGGGAUCAAGAGGUGGACGGACGGGGUGACCUGGUCUCCUAGUCGCAUUCUCGGCAACUUCUUGGUAUAUCGCGAACUUGACAAGCCCUUCCCUCCUGGCGAAAAGAAGCGCGCCAUGAAGAAGCAACAGAGACGGCCCACUCGCCCUGGAGAGCCCUAUGCCAGAUCAGACGGAGGAUCCUUCUCGGACGGACAGUCCGGUCCCCUAGGAGGAGAGCGCAGCGCGGCAGCCGAGGUUGAGAGACAACUUAUUGGGUCACUUGUCGAUUCAUACGGCUUCAAACAGGAUGGACUCGUCAAAAAGACGAUGAGUGUGACCGUGCAGGGAGUCACCCAUCAUCUGGUAUCCUACUAUCAUGUCAACGAUGUCUUAUCGAGCAACCUGCGAACACCCUCCCAAACCGAAAAUCUCCAGUAUAUUCGUCCCCGAGCCGAGCUGAUCUCAAAACAGAGCUUUCGAUCCCCAAUAGAAGAGGUUGACGAUGUCGAUGGAGGCCAGACCGCCUACGGAUACCGAGUCAACCCAGGAGGAGUGUACCUACAAGAUUACAACAAACAGCAGUAUUACCUGCCCCCAGGCUAUCCACCCAUGGGCCAGCAGCCCAACGCGUCUGCCUAUGGCAUGAACGUGGCAUCCGUACCAGCAACUUACAUGCCCUCACCCGUUACUACACCACAUUUGCAGGGACAGCGGUCGGACUACAACCAAUAUGACCAGGCUGCUUACACGCGAAAUUAUGAGUCUCUCAACAACUCGCUGCCUCCCUCGUCCAAACCCAUCCCUGCGACCCCAACGACGAUGCCGACGAUGAUGCCCGACAGAGCCCCGACCCAAUCCAGCAUCUACCCGCCCAUGAACAUGCAACCCCCCAUCAAUAAUUUGAGCCCGGUGUCGAUGGAUUCCAGACCCCCUGCGCCAUACCGGACGAGCCCUUACUCUGUCAACACGAGUGCGUCGCACAUGGACCACACGCGCCAAAGCCAGCCAUCGGGGCCCGAGUUGAAGUAUGAAGAUCGCAGGGAUUCUGGACCACAGCAGGCGCAGCUUUAUCAGAGCCCGAGAACGCCUUACUAUCCUGAUGCAACUGGACAACCCAUUCCGCAGCCACAUUAUUCACAGCAGUCUCAUAUGGGCCAGUGGGCAGCUCAGAAUCAUUCUCACUAG